UAGACCUGGAAAAUAGAAGAGGAGGAAAGAAUUACUGUGAUUUACAGAACAGAUUCUGGGAGUGGAGUAAUUUAAAAGUCUAAGUUUGAAUGUUACCCGGGUUCCAAUGAUGACACUAUUUAAAUUCGCCUAUGCUUUUCUUUUGACUGGGUGUUUAAAAAUGGAAAAUAUGAUUUUUGUAAGUAUGUGGUCCCGCGAUGAUGAUGCAGGAGGGGUGUUUACAGCAGGGUGGGGGCCUGCUGAAGUGCUGCUCCUUUAAGAGCCAGGCUGUGCGAGAGAAUGGGAGAGGGAGGGACCUCGCUGCCCUCCAGAAAGCAGGAAGGGAGCCGAGUUGAGGCUGCCGCUGACGCCGUUUGGCUGGUGCACACGGACAUCCGAGCAGCGCACAACUGGGGCAGGAUAGAGCUCUGCUGAGGGGGUAAGAGAGGCGAGCAGAGCCAGCCCUGGAGAGAGAGCAGCCGAGUCACAGCAAGAUCCCCUCGCUGCUGAUGCAGGUAGAAUGGGGUGCAAGCAAGAAAGGAAUCCCAAAAAGGAAACGGACAAGGUAUGGUGCAAAGCUGCAUGAUGCACUGUGCUUGGGAAGCUGACUUUCAAGUCCCCUUCAGUAAAUAGAGUACUGCUCAGUGUAUGCAUUUGAUUUUGGUCAAUUUUUGCGUAGCCCUUGGUGCAAGUUUAAAUUUUAAGUAGGGGGAAAUGCAUUAAUUUAGGUCAAGGGUCUAGAGGGGAUUUCUUCGAGAAAGUAAAAAUGGAUCUCGAAAGACAGAUGGGACACAUGCAUGUUUUCGGACCAGGGAAGGGUGCAGUUCCUGUCCUGCAAUAGGCUGCACUUGAGGUUUUUGUCUGUGCUUUCAGUGCCUGACAUCCUCCUGGCACGGUACUGUACUGUAUAAUUCUGCUCAUGCUGCUUACGUUGGAUGGAGUUGGAAGGUGGCAUUUGGGGGCAGGGGGUGGAGGAAAGGGUAGGGGAGAACUGGGAUAUGUAGUUUAGGGACUGAUCUCAAGUGGCUAAAGUUGGAGUUCUGGACUCAUUUUCCCAAAGUGCAUUGCGUUUGGCCUCAGGAAAAGGAAUGGCAGCCAUCCAAUCUCAUCAGGGAGGUGUGGUAAGUGAAAGGCCAGCUGGCCAGUCAAAGGGAAAGAGUAGAAGUUAGGGUAGUAGGCUGAAAAUAGAGAAGUGUGGUAGGUCUGUUGGUCUGGGAUCAGGAUUGGGCUUGUCCGAUGCUACUGAUAAAUUUCCUGCUUAGCAAUAGCCAGGACAGGCUAAUCGGAAUCUUAACAGCAACUUGCUAAUAUUUCACUUUUGGUAGAAGAGUGGAAAUAUCCCCCCCAAAUUUUAAGUUAAUAUUUAUUAAACUGAUUUCUCGUCAGUUUAUAACUGCUCACAUACCAAUGAUGAUUAAAAAAGCAGCUUUUAGUUAUUGUUUAGGAAGUCUUUCUAAUGCAUGGGGUUAUAAUGAGCUUAAUCUUUGGACAGGUGACUAAUUUUCCUAAUUUAUUGCCUGAGGAAGAAGUUAGAAAAUAUGCAAAUCCUACAGGAGCACAUUUGCUAGUGUCAGACUUUUGUUGCUGUGGGAUUAUUGAUUGAAAUAUAAUAGGAGUCAGUGAGUAGUUUUCAAAGAUGUCUAGUAACAGUAAGUUUUGUUUUUGUGAUGCAGCAUGAGGAAGCUGUCUGGCUAGAAUGGUUUUGCUGGUUGAUACUUAGCUAGUUUGGCAUGAUGAGGGUAUGAAGAGAAUUGUUAGGUUUUGCUGUUCAAGCAUCAGCAAAGAUCUCAGUGAAGCACUUUUUGGUGGUAAGUGUAGCUGCCCCCCCCCUCUCCGACUGAGGCCUCAUGCCAGCACAUGUGUCCGGUGGGGGUUCUGCUUGGCAUUCGGCCAGGUGGAACGUCUGGUUACCUGGCUUUACUGGACGUCAGUAGGAAGCAGUGAAGUCAAGGGCCCCGGGUUUGCAUCGCAUCUGGGAACAUGUCUGUCAGCUGAUUGGACAGGACGAGUCGGGAUGGCGUAGGUCAGGUACCUGACUGGAAAAGCACAUCUUACUGCUGAUUAGGAGAGAACACACCCCCUUCCUAAUCCCUCAAGCCAUGUUUAGUUAACAAGCAUCUUGUGUUGCUCCCUAAUUUUGGGUGGGGCUGGGGUGUUCCAUAGCAUUUUAGGAUUUUCUGUUCUUAUUAUGAGCUUUAAGCUCUGCAAUGGCAUGCCUAGACCUUAACUAAAGAAUUAUAACUUAGCUGUUGACGUCCACAAGUGAGAUGAUCUGUAAUAUGAGGUAGGUUAGUAAAGGCAAACCAUCUGCUUGUGAAGUUUCAUUGACAAGAAAGAAGUUUCCCAGUGCACUAAGCAGUAAGUGCUGUAUAUGUGGUAAAUACCUGUUUAGGUUGCAGUCUAGGUCAGUUUUUCCCAAUGUAGACUUCAGGGACCUCCAGGCAGUCUAGUUUUUUGCUACCGGGAGCUGGGAGGGAGCACAAAUGUGGACUAUCUUGGAGUCCCCGGGGACUGGUUUGGGAAACAUUGACCUAGGUAACUAAAAUAUGAUGCCACUGCGAACACUCUGUUGUUCCAUGACAUCGCAGUAACUUCAGCAUCUACUGCUAAGUCACAGGUCAUAGCUGACUCUAGAGAUGAACUAUAGUGACCAAAGUUAUCAUGGUUAUCAGUAUUAUCGCAGUAUUGAUUAAAAUGUGCUGAAAAUGUUCAGACUGUUGCUAACUUUGUUUGCUGGACAGUAUUUAACGUGAGUUUUCCAAUGGGCAGCAAUCAACCAUGGUUUUAAUGUUAAUUCAAAUUUGACACAAUAAUACUAAUCAUCAGGAAUUUUACCAUUGUUUACCAUGAAACCGGCAACUGUUCCAUCCCUGGUUUACUUCAUGCAUACAGUGCACAGAUGUGUGUGGAGCUGAACUUGAGCCCCACCUUUGCAAACACAUUGCAUGGCAGAAUCACUGGGUCAACGCAGCAUCGCUGAAGCCCUGGCAAGAUUAAGAUUAAUUAAAAAAAGUGCCUUGUAUGGCUACAAGAUUAGAUCUCUUGUAUGUACUGGGCUUAACAGUUUAUUCAAUACACAUUAUAGCAAAAAUUAAAUUAUAACCUCAUGUCUCCUGUUUCCACAGUCUGGAGUUUGGCAUCUGUGCAUUGCACUGUACAUUGUACUCUAUAUUUGUGUAUGUGACAAAUUUUCAAAAUUUGAGAGUUCUUUUGAAAUGUACUGAUUGAAUAAAUAAAAAAACAAGCUGCUUGCUACAUGACCACCGACAGACCAGUUUAACUGGCUUUGGGAAUCUAGGUCCUUGCUGUCAAUGCAAUACAGAAUUCUGAUUCUUCUCUAUCUCGGGUUGCUGGGUGUGUGCCUGAGUUUGCUGAUGCGUGGGCCCAGUUCCCAGGAUCUUAUCAGCCAUUAAAUCCAGGGGGAAAAGCAGGACCCCUUUGAUAAAGCCUGUGGUAGGGUUGAAUCUGGACGUGGUCCGUCGACUCGCUGCGCGGAGUUGCUGCAGCUGGGUGGGUUUGUUUUGGGUUGGUGUUCACACUCCACAUUUCUCUGCAGAUUGAGUAACCGUCGAAGUGUUUGUGUCCUCAGUUAACUUCUUUCAGUCUUAGAAUUUUAACUAUUUUAAUUAUAUGCCGUAAUUGUAAUUGAUUGGUUCACCUGUGUUGUUUGUUUAACAAAGGGAACUGUAAUAUAUUUAGUUCAUCUUUUUGCAAAAUACUGCAAUGAGCAGGAAGUAUGUUAUUUGUAACAUACUGUGUGGAGUGUCGGCUGGCUGGUAGGUGUGGGAGAGGAAUGGCUGGGGACCUGCUGUCUGUUAGGAGCUGCUGUGAUUUUUAAUUCCCUCGCCCCCCAACCUGCAUAGUCGUCAGAUUCGGCUUGCCAGAACUGCACCCUAGAUCCUGUGUGUAGUACUUGCUCUCAGUUUUUUUUUCCUUUCUUAACUUCUACUCCCGUUUACCAGCACAUGCAUGUGGCCGGACAGGAACUUGACACACAUCCAUGGGUAGGGUAUCCCACUCCAGACUGACAUCCUAUCUCGCAGCUCACCAGCACCUGGGUCUGUGCUUUCCACUUCUUCAGAUCACUAUUCGCUCAACAGUACUACAGCUGCCCUGCAUCUCCAGGGUUUGGAUCUUGUAUGCACUCUGUGUAUGUGGAGGUAGCAUGUUCUCCCUGUCUUGUGCAGGUUUCUUUCAGGUACUCUGGUAUGCAGUUAAGCUAAUUGAUGUCUCUCGAUUGUUCAUGUAGCAGCAUGUGUGGACAUCAGUGGUCAUUGGGCUUCUCCUUGGAUGCGAUUGAGGUAUGAUGCAUUAAGUAUAUACUCAUUAACGUAGUCGGCGUCUGGCUCUCCCCUCUGCAGACAAGUUAACCGACGUAAGGACUUUUGCACAAGCAGUGGUUGCAGUCCGCGGUUUGGUGGCGGGCGGCUGGAUGAUGUCAUCGGGGUCAAGGGUCACAAGUGGGCGAUGGGGUGGGGCGGGACCCAGAGAUGCAGGGGAGGGCCCGGUGGGGAUCCCCUUCCCAGACUACAGCGCAGAGCUCCUGGUCGGCCUGAACGAGCAACGCCUGAACGGCCUGCUCUGCGACGUGCUGCUCGUCACCCAGGGCCACGAGUUCCCCGCCCACCGCUCCGUCCUGGCCACCUGCAGCGCCUACUUCCACGAGCUCUUCACUUCGGGCGCCGCCGCCGACCGCCAGAGCGUCUACGCCAUCGACUUCGUGCGCGCUGAGGCCCUGGCCACCCUGUUAGACUUCGCCUACACUGCGACCCUGACCGUCAGUCACGCCAGCGUACAGGACGUCCUGAGUGCUGCUCGGCUGCUGGAGAUCGCCCCAGUGCGGGACGUCUGCUGCCACCUGCUGGAUGCAAAAGUGCUCUCUCUGCCGGCUGGCUGUGAGCACAGCGAAGGGGAAGAAAUGGAGGAGGAGGAGCAGGCAGGAGCUGGUGAGGGGGAGCAAACAAAGAGACUGUGGGCACGUGAGUACCUGGAGUACUUCCAGAAGGGGGCGCACUGGGAGGGAAGUGCAACACCAGAUUUCAGGGACAUGCCUUCGCUUCCUGCUCCAGCCAGCCCUCUGCCAUGUGCCCAGCAUGAUGAGGCACGUCAUGGACACUGCUCACCCCCAGCCCACCUGCUCAAGCCAGACCCCAAGGAUGAAAAUGAAGAGGAAGAUGAGAGGGUCACUUCGAUGUGGCAGAGGGCCAUCCAGGCUGGGGCUCCCUCCCUGAAUGGACACCAUUGCCCUCCAGAAGACCUCAAGAGUGAGGUGGAGCCAUACGGUGUAUCAGCUAGCGCACUGCUGCAGGAGAUGAUAGACUCCGUGGGCCGGAAGGAGCCGGCAGAUGGUGCGGAUGAGGCCACGGUGGAGUUCUACCUGAACUACUUCAACAGUGUAGCGCACAAGGGGGGCCAUGUGCCACAGGACCUGCUGCCCCUGUGGGCAACACAGCACAGUGGGGGAAGCGGGGAGAAGAAGAUUAGGUCAAAGGCCUUCCAGAAGUGUCCCAUUUGUUCCAAGGUGAUCCAGGGAGCAGGAAAACUGCCCAGACACAUCCGGACGCAUACGGGCGAGAAGCCCUACGAGUGUGUCAUCUGCAAGGUGCGCUUCACCAGGCAGGACAAGCUGAAGGUUCACAUGCGGAAGCACACUGGUGAGAAGCCCUAUCUGUGCACACAGUGCGGAGCUGCUUUUGCGCACAGCUACGACCUGAGGAACCACGCCCGCGGUCACACGGGCCUGCGGCCCUACCAGUGCCCCCGCUGCCGCAAGACCUUCGUCCGCUCUGACCACCUGCACCGGCACCUGAAGAAGGACGGCUGUGAUGGAGAGCCACCUCGCCGUGGCCGUAAGCCACGCCCCCGGGGCCCCGCCCCUCUUCCUAAUGCACUCGGGGCUCAGGCGCCCCCUGGUGGAGGGAGGCGAGGCCUACGGGAGACAGUUCAGGUUGCUGAGGCGGAUCCUCUUUGGGGUCACGCUUACCCUCCCUCCACUCACAGCUCUCAGGUACAGGGCCUCUUGCAGGAGGGGAGGGGACACUGUCAAGCAGAGUCACGCUGAACCGGAGCAAUCGUGAGUGACACCAGUGCUCCUCCAUGACCCAAAUCAGGGAGUCACACACUCUGCCAUUUCUGUUUAUUUUAUCUUUAUUUGUGUUGCUUUGAGCACAGGAAAGCUGAGUGCCAGGCACCAGCAGGACACAACACUUUUGCAGGGGGUUGCAAAAAUCUAUGCAGGGAAAUCGUUUCUGGGGGCUUUUCUUGGGUACAAAUCCCAGCGCAACUUUGAGUUUGCAUUGCAAAAUAUGCCACAUUUCUAAUGCAUGGGGUUAAUGGUCAAUGAACAAAAAUUACCAUACAUGCAAGGAUACCUCAACCAGUCACUUAACCCCCUUAUUACCAUCCAGAGAGAAUCAACCAACUGAUUCUAUUUUCUUACUCUAUAUAAAAGAAGUAGGGACUUUUUUUCAAAGACCACCACUGUCUCUCCACCGGGGGGCAUUAUUGAGCCAAAAUUCCUUUUUUUUUCUAUGACUCCAGCCAAGCUGUUCUGUCUUAAAUCUUUAUUUUAUGCUCAUCCGAUGCUCUGGAUACUGUUAUAUUGUGGCGCUAACUUUAGUCUUUUUAAAUCUCUUUUUAAGAUAUAUUUACCUUGCUUUCUUAGAGUACAGUGAGAGUAGGAUAGUAAAAUGCCAAACUAAUUUCUGCACAGGUUGAAAAAGGACCUUAAGGAUCCCUGGUGACACAGAACAGCCAUUUUUCACACCCCUGCCACAUUCCACUGUACCUUGCAUUUUGCCUUUGGGUAGCACUUGAAAUUGGUGUUGGGGCAAAGUCUUUAUUUCCAGACAGAGAAAGAAAAUAUGUGUGAAAGGUUCAGCAGUUUAUGAUUUCGGUCUUAUCUGGCACCUGUCUGAAACCUAGUUUAAAACAAUGUUCCCAGCAUACUCUGCUGGUUCUGUCUAGCUGGUUCAAGCCUCUAGUACGGACUCCCACAAACAGGAAUUACGUGACGCUGAAAGAUUUAUCAAGGUUCUUCAGCGGUUCCCUAAACUCCGCCCUCGCCCCUCCACAGACAUAUUGCAUACUAUUGCACAUCUGUCACCCUGUGAGGACAGGUAGAGUGACAGCUAGACCCCCACCCACCCAGGCACAGUGUCUCUUUGAGCUGGACAAAGGAGCCGUUAUUCUUAUGGGCUCUUUGAAGAUGUGGCUAAAUUUCCCAAAAUGCUUUGCUGAUGCUGAGCGUGCUAUGCCCCUCCCACCAUGAGUUUGGACUUUCACAACAAGCAUCUAAGUCUCUCACUAUAAGCUACAAGUUACAGUCUGUGUUGCUGUGGUAAUAACAAUAAUAAUAUUAUAAUAAUCAUCAUACUAUAAUAAUUUGCCCAUAUCAACUGUAUAAAGAUCGCAACCAUAACGUAAAUCGUAUCCUCCCUUUAGCGCCAUGCAAUAAUUUGUGUAGACAGAAACCACUGGUAUUUUUUUAUGAGUUAAUUUAUUUGACAACCAAGAGCGUGGUGCAUGUAGCAUCCUGCAGGGGGAGACAUUUAUCGACCUGUGGCUAAGGCUUCAAUAAUGCGAGAAUAUUCGGUCACACGUAACAGAAGUUGCAAAUCUAAAAUCAGAUGGAGGGAAGCAACAUUAUGGCUUUUCCACGUGAAACCCACAAAAACCAUUACUGGAAAUUCUAAUUAGAACAUCAGAGGUUACAUAUGUAUGGAAACAAUGUAACAUAAUUAUAACAGAAGUAUAUCACAUUCACAUAAAAAGAAACCACCAAGCGAAAUGGUGGUUUUCUGUGACAGUAGGAAUUCAUUGUAGACUAUCUGUGGUAUGUUUUAUGUAAUUACAGAUCACAGAAGCAUCAUUUUGAAUAGUUGCAUGGAAGUAGGCCCCUUUGUGUACACAAGGGCUUCUCUGGUCAUGUUUAAAGGUGGACUGUUGUUCCAGCUGUCCAGUCUAAGACUGAAGCGGCAUAAGUGAGAUGUUGAUGAGAAUGUGCCUUAAGUGGAGUGAGAGCCAAAAUCCUCUUAGAGUUCCUUGAUAGGAAAGUUGAGGCAAGAGAACUCAUGAAUGCUUCUCAGAGUUUAGGUGGAUAUUUAUGAUAAUUUACAAAAUUUUAGCAUUCAGAAGAAAUUACUUGAAGGCAGUGCUGAGACAUAGAGCUUCAAUCCUGACUAAAAUACACAGCUUAUUUAACAAAAGGUUGUGUGUCUUAAACAGAAAGAUGAUGAUAAUUCAUAAUUCCAGAUUUCUGAAUGACAAGGUGCUUUGUAAUGUCAUAGUUGUUGCAUGAUUAAUUUCCAUAAUCAUGAAACACAACAAGUUUAGCAUCAGAGCUUUGAUAUCUGGAAAGUAUGGGGUCACAGCAGAGCUGUUAGCCUUACGCUUGUGUCUGAAUUCUGCUUACACUGUCUGUGAGUUUGCACUACCUUCAGUCGGGAACAAAUGUUUUGCACAAAUUAGCGAUUAUUAGACUUUGAGGGAAAGGGAGGACAUAUGGGGUUUCUGUUGGGGAGUGUGCAGUUGCAGAAAUGGUUCAGAGAAAAAUUGAAUGUUUCAUGGGUCCAUGUGCUGACCUGAUGUAGGGAAUGGACAGAGAUGGGGUCCCGUGAUCACAAGAUGGUCUUCAGUGGUGGUCUUCAUUAAUAUCCUGCAUCCUGUACGAUCCAUUACUCAUUUUUUUGAUAUGGUAGUUUUGUUUCUGUAUGUUGAUGCAUAUAUUUUGUGAGAUCACAGCAGAGACUCAUUCUCAGAGGUGCUUUAAAAAGCCAUCAAAGGCUAGAUGGUUCACACUCAUUGCCGGCCACCGUUGCCCCUGAUUAUACAUCAUAUCCAACUUCCUGUGUUUCCUCCUGAUUUUCUCCUAUGUUUGGAAGGGUUAAAAAAAUUGUCUUCCAUUAAAAUAAGAACGAAUACACUCUAUAACAAUAAUAAAUACCUGUUGGUGGCCGAAGUGCGUUACUCACCACAGAGGAUACAUUCUGCCUUGGAUUUUCACAUUUCUAAUUUUAAGCCAAAGGAGCAGUAAGACAAUUGGCUAAAACCGUGUCUUAGAUUCAUAUUUCUGUUCCUCAUUCCAAUCCUUGACCCCAAUCUCUGACUCUGGUGUGAGGGACAGGCUGAAUGAAGGGUGUAUUCUAUUGCCCAUCCAGUGAACGGCGUGGCUCUGUGACUGCGACGAAGCACUUUUUGCCAAAAGCCAUUCAGAUUUUUUUUUAUUACUGUUCUUUUCGAUUUUUUUUAUUGUACUGAUAUUAUUAGGAUUUAUAUACAAAAACUUUAUGGAAAUGUUAAAAAAAAAAAAUUAGAAGAUAUGAAGAAAUAGCUGUCUUGGAUGUCUACCUUGUUGCUGCCCUGAGACCACAAACCACAUCUGCACGACGCAGAGAACAGCUACCACCUGCUUCUAGUAACACUGCCUCCCCUGCUACAGCUCCGAAUAAACGACAAAUCGACAUUCGUCCAAUUCCGAAGGGCUAGCGGCACGUUAUUUCAAACCUGAGACUGUUGUUGCCCUCAUGAUUCAUCAUCUGUAUUAGCAGUAGAUUAGUGGCUGUAAGUCCAGGACUCAUUUCCAACUACACUGCCAAAAGCAGCAGGUCUAUCACUGACCGUAGUCCUGUGUGGACCUCCACAGGAAGGAUCAUAAGCUUACACCAAACAUGCAACCAAACAUAUAGAUAAAACCCUCAUGUCCUUGGGCAUGCCCAGAUAUGCAGCAGCCUUUUAAAUGUAGUUGUAAAGAACCAAUAGAAAUGUAUGAGUACAAUGGGUGUGCAAUCCCACGCUUCCACAGGCCAAGACAGGCUCACUGGGGAGGGAACGACGAGUGGCCGCAUAUCCGUGGCCUCUGGCUACAAUCUGUAGGUACAGAGGAUUCCCCAUGUCUCAGACUGGGACAUCUGCUCCUAUUAACAAAUACUUGUAUCUUUUGAACUUAGUCAAAGUCUGUUGCAAAGGAAGGAUAAGGAUUGAAGAGACUGCAUUUUUGACUAUGCAAUCAAGGACUGGUAUGUAUUGUGUAUGAGAAUACUAAACCAACAUGAAUCAAAUCA